AUGACACUCCCCUUCCACGCCGACCACAUUGGAUCUCUGAUCCGGCCAGAGUCACUGGCCAACCCGGACCAGCAGGACCCGGCCACCCUGGCGGCGGCGCAGAGGUCGGCCAUCAAGGACAUUGUCGACCUCCAGCAGGCCAACGGCAUCCGCGCCCUGACGUCGGGCGAGUUUGACCGCAAGUACUACUGGUCCGGCUUCUUUGAGAACCUCGGGGGCUUCCGCGAGGUGAGCCCCGUGCCAUGGGAGCUCACGCGUCUGUCGGCGCCCCCCAUCGCGGCGCUCAAGAAGACGGGGCGCCAGUAUCCCCACGCCGCCGUGUGCGAGGGCAAGAUCACGUACGACAAGAGCCCCUACCUCGAGAGCUGGAAGAUGCUCCGCGACCACCUGCCCGAGGCGCAGUGGAAGGAGUGCAAGUUCACCAUGCCGCCGCCGUGCUACUUCCACCUGCGCCUCGCCCCGGGCAAGUGCUACGCCUCGUCGGCCUACGACUCGGACGAGGCCUUCUUCAUCGACCUGGCCAGCGCGUAUCGCCAGGAGAUCAAGACGCUCCACGCAGCCGGCCUGCGCAACCUGCAGAUCGACGACCCGACGCUCGCCUACUUUUGCUCCGAGGAAAUGGUCGAGAGCCUGCGCAAGGACGGCAUCGAUCCGGACAAGCUCUUUGACCUCUACCUCUGGGCGCACAACGAGUGCAUCCGGGACCGGCCCGCCGACAUGCACGUCGGCCUCCACGUCUGCCGGGGCAACUUCUCAAAGUCCAUGCACUUUAGCGAGGGCUCGUACGAGCGCAUCGCCGAGCGCUUCUUCAAGACGCUCAACUACGACACCUUUUUCCUCGAGUACGACAACCCGCGCUCCGGCGGCUUCGAGCCCCUGCGCUUCCUGCCUCGGCACAAGAACGUCGUCCUCGGCGUCGUCACCACCAAGGAGCCCGAGCUCGAGGAUCCAGAGGUCAUCAAGUCCAAGGUACUCGAGGCGGCCCGCAUCAUUGCCGACGGCCAGGGGCGGACCGUCGAGGAGGCCAUGGGCAGCAUUGGUAUCAGCCCCCAGUGCGGCUUUGCCAGCGUCGCCAUCGGCGCGGAUGGCAUGACGGAGGACAAGAUGGUGCAGAAGCUGAAGCUGGUCAAAGAUGUCGCCAGCCAGCUCUGGUCAGGCCGUCAGUGA